ACUUGGAAUGGAAACUUGUUUACGUAGGAUCUGCUGAGGAUGAGACUUAUGACCAACUUUUAGAGAGUGUUCUUGUUGGACCUGUCAAUGUUGGCAACUACCGUUUUGUUUUCCAGGCGGACCCUCCAGAUCCAUCAAAGAUCCGUGAGGAAGAUAUUAUUGGAGUAACAGUGCUUCUGUUGACAUGCUCUUAUCUAGGACAAGAGUUUGUCAGAGUGGGCUACUAUGUUAACAAUGAUUAUGAUGAUGAGCAGCUAAGAGAGGAACCUCCACCGAAGGUUCUGAUAGAUAGGGUGCAGAGAAAUAUUUUGGCUGACAAGCCCAGAGUGACAAAAUUCCCCAUCAAUUUCCAUCCAGAGACUAAUGAAAAUGGAGGACAGGCAGCUCAUUCACCUGAUCAUCCUUCUGAAACAAAUGUGAAUGGAGAACAACCACCACCUUCACCAGAACAUUCAUCUGACAAGUGAGAAUCUUAGUUUUCCAAUCAAAUUUGCCAUUUGCCAAUCUCAGGCCUUCAAUUUUUUCUUGGAAGGUGGCAAUUGUGAUGAUCAUUGCAGGUGAAAAUCAGCUUGCUGGGAUUCUGAAUCAUAUUCAGAAGGCAACCAUGUUAAUUACCCAGAAUUUUGGUUCACUGGAUUCAAGCUAUUUCUGGUAAUCCUUAUUUAGCUACGACUGUUCAUGCAGAUGACAAUCUUGUGAAACUUUUGUGUUUCGAUGGGUUCUCUUUGAAUGUAAUUCAUUGAUAAAACAGUUUACUAUUUAAUCUCCUGGUAGAAGUUUACCAACAUGGAUCCCUUGUCCCCUUACGCAUGUU